UUCCCAGCGCAUCUGCCUCGUUGUAGCUUCUCCCCUCCCCGUUCCUCUUUUUCAGUCUUCGCCGCCCCCCAAACCGCCUCCCGAGGAAAACCCAAACUCCGCGAAAUUCGAGGUAAAUUCCAUGGGCGGCGGCGGCGGCGGCGGCGAUCUCACCCCCACCAGCAUCCCCUCCUCACCGUCGUGCUCGUCGGAGGUCCUUCCUCCUGAGUUCGCCGAGUACGUGGCCGUCUCGCCGGUCUCCGACGACGAAGAAUCCGAUGAGUGCUCUGUCUACGACCACGCCGAGGUGGAUGCUCGACACUUCGGCCGCCGGCUGCAGGACCACCUGCGGGAGGCGAAAGAGUUCAUCAGGAGGUAUAAGCCUGGGGAUUGCAUUGAGGGAGCUGGCGGAGCAAAAGCUGGGGACUAUAUCUUGCCUGAGAUCACUACACUUCUGCUAGUGGGCCCUAGAGGUGCUGGCAAGAGCACCCUUGUGAACCGAAUUACAAGGGUCUUUGACAAGGAUGAUGACCCUUCUGCACCAGAUCGAGCACAGGUGUCAGGAAAUUCAAAAUCAAAUGGUACAGUCUUCCUUCGUGAGUAUCCAGUUCCAAGGAAUUCAACUGCUAUAUGUAUUUAUGAUACACAGAGCUUAUCAUGCAACCCACAAAAUAAUUUCAAGACACUGCAGAAGUGGAUGACAAAGGGAAUCAGCCAUGGGGAGAUAGCGACUGGCAGGGAUACUAAUGAAGGCAAUAAUACUAAGGACAUUAAACCAUUGGGGAAUCAGUUCAGUUAUCUUCGUUGCAAAACCAGGAAGGUCAACUUUGUGAUAUUUGUUGUUGACGGUGUUUCUAUCCUUCAGGCAAUUGAGAGUAACACGGAAGAUUACAUUGACAUACUGCGUCAAACAUUUAUGUAUCCAUGCUUAUCAAUUGGAGAUGAUAAACCUGUUGUUGUGGUCACAAACGGUGAAAGACUAUCGAUACAACAACGUGCUUGUGUUCAAAACAAGUUAGUAGAUCUACUAGGCAUUCCUGUCCAGCAAAUUUUUGAUAUACCAGGAUCUGAUGAUUACCAAACUGAUCUGGCUAUAUUGGAUAUGUUACGUUACUGUAUCCAACAUGCAGAGCAGAACCUCCCCAUUAAAUUGAGUUAUCUUUUAGAGGUGCGUGGGCGUGAAACUUUUGAGAUUGCAGCAGAGCAGCUGAUGGCCUUAGAUGCAGUCAUUGAAGCCACCAUUAUUUUCCUCUGCAUCGUGAUCCUUCUACUUCGGUUUUCAGAUAAAUUGUUGCAAUCGUAGCUAUGGCAUGCGAUUGAUUUGUAAAUAAGCAAAACCAAGGAGUCUCGCCUUCUUUAGCUAGCAGUGUACACAUGGUACUGUACCUAGAAAAUACCCACUAGACAAUACAAUGGACGGCACCAAUGUGCAUGACUAUGGUUAUGCAAGACACCGAAUCCUGUUUCUAUCAUACAUGCUUGUAUAGUUGCAUAUAGGCCGGAGCCGGACGUGCCUUUAUAUUGUGUGAAUAGUUUUCCGUGAACUGCAGGAGGAAGUCUUCUAAUAUCCGACGAGCCUUUACGCAGUCUAUUGAGCCUUUCCCCUCGUUUAACAGGGUCUCGGCUCUGUAAGGGAUAGCAUCAAACACCUGUGUGUAAUACAGCACCUGUAAUGUAAUGCCAUCAUCAGCAGGUUGCAGCAAAAGGAGCAAUUUGUUUC